CUCAUAUUGUAAGUCACCCCCACCGCUGGGCAUGAGUGAUUUUUGAAAUAAAAUUGUACAUAAAAUGAAGCAGUUGAUCCCAAAAUCAGUCUGACCUUAACCCGAGUGAAAAUGGAAGAGCCAUUUAAAGUGUGACAGAAUAACUUCCAUAAGAGAUACCAUCUCUUUCGUCCCCCCUACCACUACAAUUGCUGCUGCUUCACUGUGAACAUGGCCGGCUCGUGCCCCGCAUGUCAAUCUGAGGUUAAGGCCCUGUUUUCUCUUCCCUGUGGUCAUAUAUACUGCAAGCAAUGCAUAGAUAAGACGGAAACACUGGAUAGCAAUCAACACAGAGAGUUCACCUUCAAUGCUUCGCGGUGUCCAAACUCGAAGUGCCGCAAGCCGUUCCCCCGCGACCCAUUAGAAGGGAACAUACAGACCGUGCCGCGUAAAUUCCGACCCUACUUGCUCCCCGCUGUCCGUGAGAUCCUUACCGACCCUGAUGGCUCGGUAAAGCGCGAGAACGAGCGACUCAGGGAAGUGCUGGAGUGUCAGCAGGCGCGAGGUGAAUAUAUGAUGCAUAUGAUACGUGAAAAGGACCGACAACUGCAUCAGCUACGAGAGAUGGCGGUGUGGAGGAAGCUGCCGCUGUUGCACGUCAGCGUGUAUUUGCUUGGGUGUGUUUUUAUUGCUUUCAUAAUGAUUCUGGGAUUGAGUCAGAUUAUUUCUAUUUUGCCUAUACAUCCCAGUACAUGUUUCCGGUCUACGUGCUUCUAGUAAAUGGGCUCUAAUUAUUCUAUAUGUAUCUUCCAUUCAGCCCUUCUUGUCUUUUAUCUAUGGAAUUUUCUAUUCGGUUCAUGAUGCUCUGGAUUCAUCUUUUUGUAUGGAGCAUCCCUGUGUGGCGUAUGAUAAGAAAUUAAUAGGUACUAGAUGGUACGUUUUACAAAACAAGCACUCCCAAAUAUGUGUCCCAUGAUGC